UGACACCGUGUAUGGUACGUGAGCCACGGUUUGUGUUUAAAACAUAAUUUAUUGUAUUUUGCAUUUACCAAUUAUUCCUUGCGAAACUUCCCAAUAUGAUCCUAAAGUGCGCUAUUUACUGUGCAAUCUUCAGCUUACCCCUGUACAGCUGGACCAAAGUCUACAAAGAAUGGAAGAAAAUUCGUGAGGAACUAAAGAAACAUUCACUCUACCUUCAACGGCAUAUCUGCAUGGGGGUGUAUUCGGCCGGUGUAUUGAGCGGGUGGCCAACUGAAGACAGGGCGGAGAAGAGUAAGGGGUUUAACAUAAACACGCAGUUCGAACCGAUCUUAUACUUCAUCCGCACCGCGGAAAGAUCACUGGAUAUUGCCAUAAUGUUCAUUCAGAUCAAAUCGAUACUCGAUGAACUGCUGGCCGCAUCUAGGCGAAACGUGAAAGUUCGAAUAAUCGUCGACUAUAACUAUAACAACAACAAGGACCUUCGACAUUUAGAACGUUCCGGGAUCGAAGUUUUAUACUACGUUGCACCCGAUCCUGACAUAUCCACCAUUUUCCACCACAAGUACAUGGUCAAGGAUUAUACAGACGAAGACGGUUACCUUUACAUUGGCUCGGUAAAUUGGUCAGUGGGCGGCGUCACUGUGAAUUAUGAAACUUUUAACUUCAUCGUUAAUCGUGGGGUAGUAAAAUAUUACCACGAGAAGUUUCACUACGCAUGGCACAGAAUUCGCGAGAUUAACGAAACUAGCCUGUAUGCUAAAGGCACACUGACAGAAAUCAGUUAAACUGGUUAAGUUUGAACCGUUCCCAGAGAAAGCUUCUGUGCUCUGGAUUGCCCCCCAGCAGUGCUAAACCUAAAUUACUCCCUUUUUUUGGGAUUAAUUUGUUGAUCAUUGACAUUCAAUACAAUUUUAUAGGUUAUGUUCAUAGACUUUUUGAACUAUUGUGGAUAAUUUUGAACUACUUUUUAUGUACAGGGUAACGAAAAAUAUAAUUUGUAUAGGCUUUUA